AGCCUAAUGGUGGCUCUAGCUCCAGUCGUGUAUAUUAACAAUAUGAUGGGGUUCCCACGACUCUUCGGUCCAUUCCAUAAAGUGAUAAAGAUCAUCUUGGAUAUUCUCGGGAACGGGGAAUUUCUUCCACCUUGGCUUACCCGGAUUUACAAUGCAUUCGGUACAAAAUUCUGUUCGAAUACAUGGAUCGCUGAAACCGUCUGUGCAAAUAUUAACUUCCUUUUUGCCGGGUGGGAUCUACCUCAAACUCAAAUUAAUCAGCUUCCACUAUUUUACAACCAUACGCCAUCCCCCACUUCUACCAAGACGGUGGCACACAUUGUUCAAUUUAUCCACACUGGAAUAUAUUGCCAAUAUGAUUAUGGACACAGGGAAAAUAUGAUGCGCUACGGAAGCUCGGUGCCGCCAAGGUACAACGUAAAAAAUACGACAGUACCCGUGGCUCUGCUCUGGGGUCCAAAUGAUGCCGUCGUGAAUCCAAUCGAUGUGAAACGACUUGCGUCACAAUUGCCUAAUCUAGUUUUCAAUUCGCCAGUUCAAUAUCCAUUGUGGAACCAUUUCGACUAUCAUCUAGGCAAGGAUGCAGAUCAGUUAGUUAACCCGGUAGUUAUUAAUCUACUCUCAAGCUGGGCCAAAAAAUAGAUUGAUUGCGACAAAAGUUCCUUGACAUUUAAUUACCACUAAGGAGGGGAGCUUCACCACCUGCCCUUCACAGAUCUCGAUGCCCUUUGGAUA